AUGGGUAGUAGUUUCUUUGGGAGACCAAAAAUGGGUGGAUCUUCUUCUUCCUCACCAACAUCUUCUUCUCCAGCAAAGAGAGGGAAGAACAAGAAUGGUUCUGAUAAGCCUAAGCAGCCACAGAGAGGUCUCGGGGUGGCACAGUUAGAGAAGAUUAGAUUACACAGCGAAAUAAAUUACAGUAGUUUCGGUACUUAUCCUUCUUAUCAUCCCUCAACUUAUAAUCAUCAGGAGGAUGUGAGGUUUCAAGCAGAAUAUUCAUCUAUAGCAUCAUCAACUCAUUAUGGUCUUCAUCCAAACAUGAUGAUGAAUGCUAGUAAUGAUCAAUGCGAGAGAACACCCGUAAGAUACAGAGAUUCUCAGCCUCACAUAGCAAGUUGGAACCCGAGAUACGGCAUCUUGGAGAGCCAACAUUUUGUGGAGCAUAACAUAACCAGACACUUUUUACAUGAGGACCAGAGAAAUACAAUGGGAUCGGGUAUCGAGAACUUCAAAACGAGUGACACAACUGAGCCAGAUUUGGAGUUGAGAUUGUCACUUUGAGUAAUGUAUGAACUCAUGUUAUUUUAAAAGAGGCCAUGGAUUUGUCAUACACUCAGAGCAAAAUUAGAAAUAAAUAAUACAUAACUUAGGCUAUCAUUUGAUCUUAUUUGAUUUUUGGGUAUCGGAUUUUGAUAUCAAGAUGUUA